AUUUUGAUUAUAAUAUAAUAAAAAACUAAAUCCAAUAUCAUUAACUAAUCCAUUUAUGUAAUGUAAAUUUUAGAUAAAGUUGUUUUUAUGUUGGUUGCACCAGACAUGGCACUCGAUGAAUCUAUUGAAAACAGUAAAGAAAAACUGCAGGAAUGCAUAGGCUACCAGACUGACUUGCAAAAAGAAAUAUCCACUGUCUCACGUGUAGCGUGUUUUAUAUUGAGAAAAGUUGGUUUUCUAUGUGAUCCAAAAGAUUUUGAAACCUGUAGGUUGUCAGACCUUGCAGAUACGAGAAGAGAUUUGAUUAAGGAUGUUACUAUAAAAUUACUCAACGAUGUAGCAUCUGGAAAUCAUAUGGGUAAUAUCAGACAUCGCGGGAUGUGCCGGUUAAAAGGACUGAAGAGAAGUUUAAGUAACCCAAAAUCAUACAUAAAGGAAGCUAAUGUUAAUGGUAGUACGUGUCGUCUAACUAAAAUAAACAACGAGACGGUUAUAGUCUCUACCAUGGGGUGGGACUUUUAAAAUAAACCACUAUAAUAACAAUACUUAAAUAAUUGUUUUAAA